AGAAGAAGAAGAGGGAAAGUAAGAAAAGCCCAAUUAUGAUUCAAAAAAAAAAGAAGAAAAGCCCAAUUAACUCAUUGGGCCUAACAGGAAAAAAAACCUAACUGACCCAACUCAGUUCGAUCUAUCGUCUAUAAGAACCCUUCAACCGCCGAGCUUACACAUCGCCGCAGGUACCAAAAAUGGUUAAAGGAAGACAAGGAGAACGCACUAGGCUUUAUGUCAGGGGUAAUGUUCUUGGAUACAAGAGGUCCAAGUCAAAUCAAUACCCAAACACCUCUCUUGUCCAGAUUGAGGGAGUAAACACCAAGGAGGAGGUUGCUUGGUAUGCUGGGAAGCGUGUGGCGUACAUUUACAAGGCCAAGGUAAAGAAGGACGAUAGCCACUAUCGAUGCAUUUGGGGAAAGGUUACUAGGCCUCAUGGCAACAGUGGAAUAGUCCGUGCAAAGUUCACGUCAAAUCUGCCACCAAAAGCAAUGGGAGCCAGGGUUAGAGUAUUUAUGUAUCCAAGCAACAUAUAAGAUGUUUUGAACCCGUGACUAGAAGGCAGAUACAUUAUGGAAGUUAAUUUUUUGAUCUUUUUGUAACUCUGAAUAGAAUAGUUUUCUUUUUUAAGACAAUGAGUGAACAUCUUUUUAUCUAUCCAUCAUUUUGGUUUGAAUCUUAAUCUCAAAUGGAUUUUUCCCUUAAAAAUGAUUUACAUUGGGUUC